CUUCUUCUGAACUCUGAAGCUGAAUAAAAUUAUAAUAAUAAUAAUAACAACGAACGAACUCUCUCUUUUGUCAACGAACGAAUUAUAAUAAUUUUAUUAUUACAGCAAGAAUAUCAAUGGGGAUGAUUUCGUUGAUAAUGGAUUUGUUUUGGUCACUCUAUUUUGUUUGUUCGAUUCAAUUUUGGAGAAUGGCGUUGUUAUGGACGUUUUCUGUUGCAUAUUCUCACUUCCAAUUGUUAAAGGCUUGGUUCUUUUCGCAGAAAAUCGUAUCAUAUCCUAGGUGUUCCCCUUCCAUAAUUCCUAAUAGACCCGUUUGUGUCAUCACCGGUGGAACAUCUGGCUUGGGAUUUUCUACUGCAUGCAAGCUUUCUCAGGAAGGAUUCGUUGUUGUCAUUGUUGGACGAUCAGAGGAGUUGUUGUCAGAGACCAUAACAAAGAUCAAAGGUUUGAAUGAGGAUGCCCACCUCAAAGCUUUUCAGGCUGAUGUUUCAUCGGUGGAGUCAAUGAUAAAGUUCAAAAAUUCCCUGCGGCAGUGGCUUUUGGAUUCCAAUUUGCACUGCUCUGUACAAUUACUUAUAAACAAUGCUGGAAUACUUGCUACAUCUUCUAGAGCCACCGCUGAGGGCUACGACCAGAUGAUUGGCACAAAUUAUAUCGGAGCAUUUGUUUUGACCAAGCUUCUAUUACCACUUCUUGAAAGCAGUCCUGUAUCAUCCAAAAUCGUGAAUGUAUCAUCCUUUACUCACCGAAUUGUUACUGAUAUGCAGGUUGAUGAGGGAACUGUAUCUGGGAAGAGAUUUUUAAGUUCAAAACAAUACCCUUAUGCUCAGAUCUAUGAGUAUUCAAAACUAUGGCUACUUCUCUUCUCAUUUGAGCUCCAUCGACAGCUUGGCCUAAUGGGUAAAUCUCAUCAGAUAUUUGUCAAUGUUGCAGAUCCUGGAAGUGCACAAACAAGCAUCAUGCGAGAAGUUCCAGCAACCCUAGCUUGGUUGGCAUUCUUCGUACUGAAGCGUCUACGCCUAUUGCAGUCCCCUGAGUGUGGGAAAAAUUCAAUAGUUGAUGCUGCUCUUGCUCCGCCUGGAACAUCAGGAGCUUACUUUUUUGGAGGCUCAGGUAGAACUAUAAACCCUUCAGCACAUUCACAAAACAUCAAAUUAGCACACGAGCUUUGGGAAACUACAAGCAAUAUGCUAUCGGGGACUCCCUUUGGUAAUGAGACAAACAAAUGAGACAAACAGUUGAUAGCAAUGGAUUGCAUGUCAAGUCGUGUAACAAAGAGAAUAAGUGGCAUGUACCCAAUGUAGACUGAUAAGUAAUAAACUGUUUUUCAUGUAUGAAGUUUUGAGCUUUCUAAUGCAUGUUAAUAUGUUAUGCUACGGCUUUGCUGUUUUUCAGAAACAAUUUUAUUUUAUUUUAAGUUAAAUUAAAAAUUAUCUC